AUGAAUAUCAUUACAAAAAAGUAUCAUGAGAUCGAGAGAGGCAACGAUAUUAAAGAGAAAAUUCCAUUCACAUUAUAUAUUAACAACGAGCAAAUAGAAUCAUGGAAACACAUCUCGAUUAUGAUUUCGAAAUUUAUUCAUAAUGAAUAUUUACGUGACAGUUCAGUAAAAUCAGCUAGAAAAUAUUUAAACCUAUCAUGUAAUAACAUAAUUGACAUCAUUUCCGAAUUUUUCAAAACAGGAAUUCUAAGAUUCGAGAAUAACCGAGCACAUAAUCGAGACAUAUUCGAAGUUGGCAAUGCAUUUGGUAUAGAAUUCCUGACAAACGUAUUUUGCGAGUUUGUUAAGUCAGCAUACAAAGAAAUCAACGAAGAAAACUUUUAUGAUAUCUAUGAUUGCUCAAUAAUUCAAAACGACAUAAAUAAGAUUAAUGAAUGUAUUACAUUUUUUGCAUCAAGAAUGGAUGUUCUUCAAGAAGAAUAUAAAAUAGCCACUAUUAAACGAUAUGGAUAUGACUUUUUUGAGAGAGUUUUGACAUCAAAAUCACUUAAAAUUUCCAAUGAAGAUUCAUUAGUCAACACAAUCUUAACAAUGAGUGAGCAUGAUGACUCAUUCUUUUGUCUUCUUAAUCAUGUUAAAGUUGAAUUUUGCAGCAAUGAUUCAAUCAAAUCAAUCAAAAACUUCGCAGUUCAACACAAAUUUGAAUCUAUAACAACAGAAGUAUUCGAACGCGCUCUUCUUCUUCGUUCACCAAUUCAACACAAACAAUCAUUUUCAAACACUAGCUAUUUUUGCAUAGAAACAAUUCCUAAAAAACUCAAACUUUCUGAUUCAAAUUAUUUUGAAGUAGAAAAAAUUCCAUAUAAAUUUAAUAUAUCACCUAUCAAUGAACUUCAUAAAAUUGAUAAAUCGAAUGAAAAUUUGAGAAAAUUAAUGAGUUUGAGAAAGACAAAAGAUGACUUUAAUCAAAUUUAUGAAGUACUUGUAAAGGCAUCAAAUGAAGGAGAUCUUUCAACAAUCAAAUACGCAUGCGAUGAAAAAUAUUCCGAAAUUUCUGAUGGCCAUGAUAUAAAUAUGAUGCUUAUGGCGGCAUGGAAUAAUAAUCUAAAUCUCGUAUUGCAGUUGUUCAAUUAUGGAGCUGAUGUAAGAAGUAGAUCUUAUACUAAUAGAACGAUUCUUCAUUAUUUUUGUCAAAAGGGAAAUUUAGAAGGUGUUAAAUUCGCUCUUAACUUCAUAGAUAUUAAUGCUAAAAAUAUUGAUAACUAUACACCCCUUCAUGAUACUAUCGCCAAUUCGGAUAAAAAUCAAGUUGAGAUAUGUGAAUAUCUUUGCUCCCAACCGAAUAUAGAUAAAAUUAUUCAAAAUAAUAAAAAUAAAACUCCUCUUCAGUCUGCAAAAAGUUUAAACCUACAAAAUAUUGUUGAUAUUCUUCUCAGAAAUGGUUUUACUGAAUAA